CAAAGGUCAGUAACGAAGAAGAAGAGGUCACUUCAGGCGACAUUUUGUUAGCCUUCUAGCAAAACAAAUCGGCUGAUGUAGUUUUCGAGCACUUUUUAUUUCCUACGUUUGUUGUGGUCGUCAGCUGUUAAACGCUGACAUUAUGUGGUAUGAAAUACUUCCAGCCAUCGGCAUCAUGUGGGUGUGUUUGGUGAUUCCCGGCAUGGCGACGACACGGAUACAUAGAUGGACGAACGGCGGAAAGGAAAAGAGAGCAGUGAAAGUUCAUUGGGACUGGUAUUUGAAGGAGAGAGACAAGAGAGUGUCAGGGACUGGAAGGUACUAUGAUUCAAAGGGACUGGAAAGCAUCCGCUGAUGGGAUACAGAAGCUUCUCUAAAAAAGAAAGUUGUUUUAUCUAUAAUAAAUGAUUACAUU